AGCCGGGAAGUUGUAGUUCUUUACGGCGGACGCACAUCUGUAGUGCUUAUUAUCGACUAAUAUGAAUUAAACUACACGUCCCGACUUCACGCUACGGGCUCCGGUAAUUGUUGUGAAUAUGUAAUUGCGCUCCGGCGACUGGCUGCUGCUAAAUUUGGCUCGACGGGGGCACAGGCUCCGGCAGCAGCUGAGGUGGUCGCUCCUUCCGACUGUGGAUGUCAACAAUCACGGAGGCUGUAGGAAAUUAACCGGUAGAUUCGUGACGGGGAGACGCCGUGGAGACACUCAGGCGUGGAGGUCACGAUGUGCCACAAGUCAAAGCUUUGUAGGGAGAAUUAGAGGAAAGCAGAGGGGAGAUUUGAAAGCUUUGCGCGCACAGAAUAACGCGCAGGAGAUUUUGGAGAGGGGCAACUCCUGCUUUGAGUAUCUCUCUGAAUGGACUUUUUUUUUAAAACACUGUCGUCCUGUGUUUCACCAGCCAAAGAUCCGAGGAUGUUUUCGCUCUUCACGGAACCUGCACGCAGCCUUCAAACUGGCCACUGACUGAGCUUUUACGCACGGCGAAGGAUCUGUGCUCACGCGUUUUGUUCUCUUGUUUACGUGGAGGAACUUUGCGAAACCUUCUUAAUGAUUCGAGAUCUGAGCAAGAUGUACCCCGUGGCACGGCAUCAGGUCCCACACCAGCCGGGGCAGCCGUUCAAGUUUACUGUCACCGAGUCCUGCGACCGGAUCAAGGAGGAGUUCCAGUUCCUGCAAGCCCAGUACCACAGUCUGAAACUGGAGUGUGAGAAACUGGCCAGUGAGAAAACGGAGAUGCAGAGACACUACGUCAUGUACUAUGAAAUGUCAUAUGGACUCAACAUCGAGAUGCACAAGCAGGCGGAGAUCGUCAAACGGCUGAACGCGAUCUGUGCCCAAGUCAUCCCCUUCCUCUCUCAAGAGCACCAGCAGCAGGUGGUGCAGGCGGUGGAGAGGGCCAAGCAGGUCACCAUGGCUGAACUCAACGCCGUCAUAGGACAGCAGCAGCUCCAGGCUCAGCACCUCACCCACGGCCACGCCAUCCCCAUCCCACUUACGCCGCACCCCGCCGGCCUCCAGCCGCCCCUGCCCCCCGGGGCCAGCACUGCGAGCCUGCUGGCGCUCUCCUCUGCGCUGAGUCACCAGCUGCCGCUCAAAGACGAGAGGAAACACCACGACAGCAACAGUGAACACCCGAGAGACAGAGACUCAGUCAAGAGCUCGUCCGUGUCUCCCUCGGCCAGUUUCCGUUCCGGAGAGAAGCACCGCAGUUCAAGCGAUUACUCAUCCGACAGCAAGAAGCAGAAGACAGAUGACAAGGAGUUGACCUCCACGCGCUACGAAAGUGAUGGAGAGAAGAGCGAUGACAACCUGGUCGUGGACGUCUCCAAUGAGGAUCCCGCGUCUCCUCGAGGAAGCCCUGCCCACUCUCCUCGGGAGAACGGGGUGGACAAAAAUCGUCUGUUGAAGAAGGAUGUUCCCCUGAGUCCCUCCUCCAUCGCCUCCUCCAGCAGCACACCGUCAUCCAAGUCCAAAGAGAUUAACGUGAACGAGAAGUCCACAACUCCUGUGUCCAAGUCCAGCACCCCCACAUCACGCUCUGAUGCUCCAACACCCAGCAGCGCCUCCACCCCCGGCCUGAGAUCUGUACCCGCUAAACCGGCGGGUCUCGAGACACUGGCUCCCGGUCUUCGUACGCCUCUGGCAGUGCCCUGCUCGUACCCCGGGCCGUUCGGAAUGGUUCCUCACCCGGGUAUGAACGGAGAGCUGAGCGGGGCGGGAGCGGCGUACCCCGGCCUGCACAACAUCUCCCCACAGAUGAGCGCGGUGGCGGCCGCUGCGGUGGCAGCCUACGGACGAACACAAGUGGUGGGAUUUGAUCCUCACCACCACAUACGUGUCCCUGGGCUUCCUCCCAACCUGUCGGGCAUUCCUGGUGGAAAACCGGCCUACUCCUUCCACGUGAGCGCUGACGGACAAAUGCAGCCUGUGCCUUUUCCUCCGGACGCACUGAUCGGCCCUGGCAUCCCGCGCCACGCACGACAGAUCAAUACUCUCAGCCACGGGGAGGUGGUGUGCGCUGUCACCAUCAGUAACCCCACGCGUCACGUCUACACCGGCGGCAAGGGCUGCGUCAAGGUGUGGGACAUCAGUCACCCGGGCAACAAGACCCCUGUAUCCCAGCUGGAUUGCCUUAACAGAGAUAACUACAUCCGCUCCUGUCGACUGCUUCCUGACGGGCGGACUCUCAUAGUCGGGGGCGAGGCGAGCACUCUGUCAAUCUGGGAUUUGGCCACCCCAACUCCUCGGAUAAAGGCAGAGCUAACGUCGUCAGCGCCCGCGUGUUACGCUCUGGCCAUCAGCCCCGACUCCAAGGUCUGCUUCUCCUGCUGCUCCGAUGGAAACAUAGCGGUGUGGGAUCUUCACAACCAGACUCUGGUCAGGCAGUUCCAGGGCCACACUGAUGGGGCCAGUUGUAUCGACAUCUCUAAUGAUGGGACCAAACUGUGGACCGGAGGCCUGGACAACACGGUCCGGUCCUGGGACCUGAGAGAGGGACGGCAGCUGCAACAGCAUGACUUCACCUCCCAGAUCUUCUCCCUGGGAUACUGUCCAACGGGCGAGUGGCUGGCAGUCGGGAUGGAGAACAGUAACGUGGAGGUCCUACACGUCACCAAACCUGACAAGUACCAGCUCCACCUGCACGAAAGCUGCGUGCUCUCGCUCAGAUUUGCUCACUGCGGGAAGUGGUUUGUGAGCACAGGAAAAGACAAUCUGCUCAACGCUUGGAGAACUCCAUACGGUGCCAGCAUAUUCCAGUCGAAGGAGUCGUCCUCUGUGCUGAGCUGCGACAUCUCCAUAGACGAUAAGUACAUUGUGACGGGCUCAGGAGAUAAGAAAGCGACAGUCUACGAGGUCAUCUACUGAGAGGGCUGCGGCCAUCUAACAACAAGGCCGUCCUUCCAUCCAGACAGUCUGCGAUGUCUCCUUCACCGGUGUAAAUUUUUUAAAAUGUGUAUAAAAUGGAUUUGAAUGGAACAAAAAAGUAUUUCUUGGACCGUGACCUUUUGACCUCCUGGCAGGGUCGCGGAUCAAAACGAACAAGCAGAACCAAGCACAGAGAUGUUUUUAAAAAGUGUCUUUUUGCUGCUGUGAGAACGAGUGAAUGUCCAUGUGCACUAAAUCUGGAUCAUAUAAAUGCAUUUAUUGUUGUAACAGGAUUUUGCGAGAUAACAUUCCUUUAUGUCCCAUUUUUAUGUAUGAGUACAACAUGAACACAAGCAGUUGUGACUCAUGCAGUAUUUUGCCUGUGUCUUACGCUUAGUCUCAAAAAGUUAAGUUGCGGAACCAUUCCAGACUCCAGAAUAUCUCGUCCACAGAGAACUUCUGAUUCUGCACCUUCACCACUUUCUAUUGACGGGAUUACAAUAGCAUUCAUGUAGAAAUUAAUAGCACAAAUUUCCCAAAACCUUUGCUCUGCUUGAUUUCAUGUUGCACACGUGAGGCGUUCAUUUUUGAAGAUGUUCCAAAGACACAAGCGUUUUGGAGCUAAACUAAAACUGGACAAGAAACAUUAAUGGUUCGAUUUUAACGUUAAAUGUUUGUGUCUGUUGCCUCUGACAUUUAUUUGCUGCCUGUGUUUCUUACAUGUUUUUAUUUAUUUAUUGUGUGUGUGUUGUGUGCGUGUGUGUGUUUCGACCCUUUGGGUAUUUGCCCUCGGUGCCCUCACCACAGACUGACCUUUGCACUUGGUUCUGCUCCUGAACUUCAGCCUCCUCUGGCUUCUCUGUGGAUUCUGUCCGACAGAUUUCAGUGAAACCGUUUGGCGUCGGGGGGUCGAGCGGCCGUUUCCUGCCCCAGGUUUUCUGUCAAGACUUUUGAACAUUUGUUUAAAAAGCAAGUGAUCAACAAUAUGGUUGUGAUUAUUCUUCUGUCAGCUUGUAGAAAUAACACAGUGCCUUUAUAUGCUUCUGACUCCAUUUUGUCCUGCUGAGUGUUCACCUACACAAAGAGCUGGAACAUGAUGGACUCUGCUUGAGUGGUUUUUAACAAUUCUUGUUAUAGAGUCAACAAAAUGAUCAUUGAUCAGUAAAGAAACAAACCUUGAUGAUCCAGUUAGGACCUGUCGUCCUUUUGGAAAUAACCAGGACCAACUUCUUUUUAGCCGUGUCCCAAUUCAGUGGCUGCAUCCUUUGGAGGACUUGGUCUACAUGGUCUGCGGAAGGCGUGACCUUCCUAAUAUGCAAUGGUUAAACCGAUAUAAGAUGGUGUGGUCGAUGAAGGAUUUUCUAUUGCAUCACCAACUCAUCCCGCCCUUACCUUUGCAUUGGUAACUACUCUUCUCCUCUGCACUCGCUGCAGCUCGGCCACCCACAUCGCUUGCCAGCUAGCUACACCACUGCCAAGCAUUUGAGGUUGUACCCUCCAAUUGGAUCCUUUGUUGCUGUGGAAUUGAAAAAUACCUUGGUCACGUUUGAAGGAGUCUCUCAGAUGGGACAGCCUUACCCCAAUUGUGCCGCUGUAACAAAAUUGCUCUUCAAAUGCAUCUUCCGAAGGAUGCGGCCCCCAAAUUGGGACACAGCUUUUCUUGUCUCUCCUGCUGUGCUGAACACAUGCGUGUGAAAUACAGUAUUCAUGACCACUGGUGUGUCAGUCUGAUUGUUUGAAGCAUGGUGCUGUUAACCGGACGUUUUUGGUUAUUUAAUUUGUUUUGUUAUUGCUCUACUUUUUACUUGUUUCUGCUGCAUCUGUGUUGCACAGCAAAACACUUUGAUUAAAAAAACUGUAUAUCCAACAACACAGUACAUCAGCAGUUUUUAGGAUCUUAAUCAAAUUCAUAACCACCCAAGAACUAAUACCUUCAAUGUUAACUUAACCAGCAAAUUUUCUCACUAAACAGAAGUAUCUCAAGGCCCAAUCUUAAAGUCUUAUAUUCAAAUAUGUGCCUAAACUCAACCUCCUGGUUUAGGCACCAGAAGCUUUUGGGAUUUAUUUGUUGGAAAUGUACAGACUGACGUGAUGCGUCAAGUGAUCAGAUUUAACUUCCAUUUUUAGGCCCAUUGCAAAACAAGAUCAAAUUAAGAAACACAUUCAUCUACAGGACAAGGUUUCCAGAGGAUCGAGUGUCCACAGGAAUACAUUUGAAAAUAUUAGAGUGUAUCUGAUGUACUGCAACAUUUUAUUGUCAUUGUAACAACAUCUGUCUUAGAAAAGGUAAAUAUGAUGACAACCAUGACCAAAAAAAAAAUCGUUCUCAUUGCUAAUCUUCCUGAGACGUACAUAUCUCACUUAUUUUACAUGAAUAUAAAUAUGGUUGGAAUAAAUCAACCUGAGUGCAUCUUAAAGCUCAUCACAGAAAACCAAUGUACAUCAGAUCAGAUGUUAAGUCUUUGUACUUUUAUUGCACUAGAAACAAGAAAGUUGUUUGUUCAUCCUUUUGUUAAAAUGUCUUCACAGUAUUGUUUGUUGCAGUUGUGACACAGACAUAAUCUGCACUGAAGUUUUAUGGGACAUCACACAUACAGUAUGUACAAAUAUGCACAGUAUGCCACAUGAUUCAAAAAAGUACUGAUAGUUACUGCACUGGUGUAAAUGUACAUUUUACAGUGUAGUCUAAUGGCGUUUGCUUCAUGAGAGACCGUAUGAAAGAUAAUUCACUGUUAUAACUGACAUUUUUGCGAUUGUUUUUCAGACAGAAACUGUAAAUUCAAAAGAUUGCUUGUGAUAGUUGUUUCUUGGCCUUAUGAUGUUCUUUCUUUCUUUCAUUCCUGAAACACUUCUUCAGUUUUUCCAAAGUCAGCUAAGUUUUAAAAUUAAAACAACAAUUCAUUCCCUUCUCUGUCAAAGACUUCUGGUCAUAACAUCUGGAGCCACCUUCAUGUACUGUAUCUAACGCUCUAAAACGUUUGUCCCCAUUAAUGAUAUAAAAAUAUAAAAAAUGGAUUUUGGUUGUACUCAUUCGAACCUGAAUGUUACUCGUCGUCAUCUGAUCGUUAGCUGGCUAACACGACCUGUCACAGAGAACAUAUGAAUAAUGUUGUGUUGAGCGUUUAGCUUGACGGGACUCAUGAAGGUUAUAAAUAUACUGUAAACAUGUAAUAAUUCAAGCUUACGGUGAAACUUCCUGUUGCUAGUUGAGUUUUUUUUCUUCAAUUACAAAAUGCCUUUGCUCUCUUUUUUCUAGUCUGUGGUUGA